GGAGAGCAGUUCGGCGGCCUGGGCAGGGCAGCCGAAGCCAUGGAAGCCUCCGCAGGUUGCUGAUCUGGGCCAGGCAGCUGCAGCAGCGACUGCAGAGGCGCUGCGCCAAGCCGGGCCGGAGUGGUGAGAGGCGGCGGGGCUGCGGAGGGCGAGUGGACUCAGCCCCGGGGACACCGCCCAUCCCGCCCCUCACCCGGACCCACAGCCUCAUGGCCAUGUCCCUGCCAGGCAGUAGACGGGCCUCUGCUGGAUCCCGCAGGCGCACCUCUCCCCCCGUGAGCGUGCGGGAUGCCCACGGCACCUCUUCCCUCAGCAGCAGCAGUAACUCGGGCUCCUGCAAGGGCAGUGACAGCAGCCCCACGCCCAGGCGCGCCACGAAGUACACACUGUGCAGUGAUAACCAUGGUAUCAAGCCCCCCACCCCGGAGCAGUACCUGACCCCCCUGCAGCAGAAGGAGGUGUGCAUCCGGCAUCUGAAGGCCCGGCUGAAGGACACGCAGGACCGGCUCCAGGACCGGGACACGGAGAUCGAUGACCUGAAGAUGCAGCUGUCGCGCAUGCAGGAGGACUGGAUCGAGGAGGAGUGCCACCGCGUGGAGGCCCAGCUGGCCCUGAAGGAGGCCCGCAAGGAGAUCAAGCAGCUCAAGCAGGUCAUCGACACCGUCAAGAACAACCUGAUUGACAAGGACAAGGGGCUGCAGAAGUACUUUGUGGACAUCAACAUCCAGAACAAGAAGCUGGAGACGCUGCUGCACAGCAUGGAGGUGGCCCAGAAUGGCUUCGCCAAGGAGGACGGCGCCGCUGAGUCGGCCGGCGGGUCCCCCGCCCGCUCCCUUACCCGUAGCUCCACCUACACAAAGCUGAGUGACCCCGCUGUCUGCGGCGACCGCCUGCCAGGUGACCACCCAGGCACCUCUGUGGAGGACGGGGCUGACAGUGGCUUCGUGGUGACCGAUGACACUCUGAGCCGGACGGAUGCACUGGAGGCCAGCAGCCUGCUGUCUUCGGGGGUGGACUGUGGCCCCGAGGAGGGCUCCUCGCUGCUCGGCUCCUUCAGCCUGGGCCCCCGCUUCCCCGCCAGCAACACCUACGAGAAGCUGCUGAGCGGCACGGAGGCCGGCGUGCAGGCCAGCUGCAUGCAGGAGCGCGCCAUCCAGACGGACUUCGUGCAGUACCAGCCGGACCUGGACACCAUCCUGGAGAAAGUGACCAAGGCCCAGGUCUGCGGGACAGUCCCCAAGUCAGGGGACAGGUGCCCGGAGUCGGAUCCCCACCCCCUGGGGCCCAGAGACCCCAACUCUGCAGUGGUGGUGAUGGUGGGUGACGAGCUUGAGGCCCCAGAGCCCAUCACGCGGGGGCCCACCCCACACCACCCUGGUGCCAACCCCAACCCCAGCCCGUCGGUGAGCAUGGCGUGCCCCGUGGAAGAGGAGGAGGAGGCGGCCGCAGCCGAGAAGGAGCCCAAGAGCUACUGGAGCCGCCACUACAUCGUGGAUCUGCUGGCGGUGGUGGUGCCGGCCGUGCCCACGGUGGCCUGGCUCUGCCGCUCCCAGCGGCGCCAGGGCCAGCCCAUCUACAACAUCAGCUCCCUGCUGCGGGGCUGCUGCACCGUGGCCUUGCACUCCAUCCGCAGGAUCAGCUGUCGCUCGCUGAGCCAGCAGGGCCCAAGCGCCAGCACUGCUGCAGGCGGCAGCUCCCAGCUCUGA